ACGAGGAACUAUCCUUUUAAAGCGGCGAGGGUGAGCUGUUGUACUAUUGCUAAGGAAGAGUCUUGGUUUCGGUAUAUUUCAGUGUGGUGCAGUGUGCAAGGAUUGCGUGUCUCUGGGCUCAAGACUGUGAACCGUUCGAGCGAGGUCGUAUUACACUUUGAAGUGAAUUAAUAACAGUUGCAACAGGCCAACAAAAAUCAUAAAGAUGGCAGAAAAGUUCUUUGUUCAAAGUCCCGAUGUGAAAUACACUACUGAUUACAUUGAGGCAAACUAUACCUAUCAGACUAGUGAAGUCACUGAAGAAAAUGGUCAUGUCAAGGUGCAACCACAUUCAACAAGAUUUGUGUUCCGCACUCAAAGGAGUGUUCCCAAGCUGGGAGUGAUGCUGGUUGGCUGGGGAGGCAACAAUGGCACUACAGUUACAGCGGCAGUAUUGGCAAAUAAGCUAAGACUUAGCUGGAUGACUCGAACUGGGGAAAAGCAUGCAAAUUACUAUGGAUCAUUGCUGCAGAGUUCCACUGUGUGUCUGGGCACUGGCCCCGACAGUGAUGUUUACAUUCCUUUCCGUGACCUGCUGCCUAUGGUGCAUCCAAAUGAUAUUGUGUUUGAUGGCUGGGAUAUUUCUUCUCUAAACUUGGCUGAUGCCAUGAAAAGAGCACAGGUCCUUGACUGGCAGCUUCAAGAACAACUCAAACCUUUCAUGCAGAAAAUGGUUCCGAGGCCUUCAGUCUACAUCCCAGAAUUCAUUGCAGCCAACCAGGAAGACCGCGCUACCAAUGUUAUCCAUGGAACCAAAGCAGAACAGGUAAAGCAGAUUCGCCAGGACAUACGUGACUUUAAGAAGAAGAGUGGCGUUGAUAAGGUGAUUGUCUUGUGGACUGCUAAUACAGAGCGCUUUACCGAUGUUGUUCCUGGGAUCCAUGACACUGCUGAGAACUUACUCAGUGCAAUUGAGCAUGGAUUGGAGGUAUCUCCGUCUACGAUGUUUGCUGUGGCAAGCAUCCAAGAGGGCUGUGCUUAUAUCAACGGAUCACCUCAAAAUACCUUUGUCCCAGGAGUUAUUGAUUUGGCUGUCAAGCACAAGGUGUUCAUCGCAGGAGAUGAUUUCAAGUCAGGACAGACCAAACUCAAAUCUGUUCUGGUGGACUUCCUUGUUAGUGCUGGUUUGAAGACCACCUCUAUUGUGAGCUACAAUCACCUUGGAAACAAUGAUGGUAAGAACCUGUCAGCACCUGCACAGUUCCGUUCAAAGGAAAUUUCGAAGAGUAAUGUUGUUGAUGACAUGGUACAAUCUAAUCCCAUCCUGUACAGGCCUGGGGAAAAACCUGACCACUGUGUGGUAAUUAAGUAUGUCCCUUAUGUGGGUGACAGUAAACGAGCCAUGGAUGAAUAUACAUCUGAAAUCAUGAUGGGAGGCACCAACACUAUUGUGCUGCACAACACAUGCGAGGACUCGCUGCUUGCCAGCCCCAUCAUCCUGGAUUUAGUCAUCCUAACAGAACUGUGCCAGAGGAUAACUUUCCAAACUGAGUCCGACCCUAAAUUUCAGACCUUUCACAGCAUAUUGUCUAUCCUCAGCUUCCUGUGCAAAGCUCCUCUUGUACCAAAUGGGACUCCAGUUGUAAAUGCACUUUUCAGACAAAGGAGCUGCAUAGAAAACAUACUGAGGGCUUGUGUUGGACUUCCUCCACAGAAUCAUAUGCUUCUGGAAUAUAAGAUGCAGAGAAGCUUCAUGUUGCAAAAAAGAGAAAGCAAUGGUGUUACCUGCCCUAUUGGAAAGAAAGUUUCCGAUAUUUCCAAUGGCUAUUUCAACACAAAUCACAUUAAACAACACUCACAUGGAUACAUUGAACCUGAAAACUGAAAGGAAAAAAAAGUUUUGCAGUUUUAUGCAUAUUUGAUAACGGAUACCCAAUGUGAUAAGAUGUGAAACAUUUGUUUUAUGUAUUUUUUAUAUUUAGAAUGUAACAAAGGCAUGGAUGUAGCCAGGAAUUCUGUACUCUGAUUUUUGGGUAGCCUUUUUGGGGGUUAUGGGCAGAGGACUGCUUGACUGAAUAUGAUUUUCCUUUAAUUUAACCACUGCUCUUUCCAUUUUGAAUAGUAGCAGAAGUAUUAGAUACUAUAUAAUGUCUUUUGACUGCAUCAAUAUUUGUCUAGAGAUGUAGAACUUAAAAUUUAAGGAUGGCUUUUGUCAUCACAAGAAAUUUUGUUUUGUCUGAGUCUCCUCUGUAAGCUUUGACCCUUAUAGUGCUACAUAUCUUACUGGUCUGUUUAUACCCCCCCCCCCAGGAUAACCUACACCC